GAAGUAGUACAAUAUAUAAUUUUGAGCCACUCUUACAUUUUGACGUCAUGUCCCGGACAAAUGUACCGCCUCUUGUAUGUCCUACUCAACAUUAGAUUGAACAAAGUGACGAUUGAAUCUCUUGCCCUUUGCUUUUGCCCAUAUUGUAAUUCAGUGGAAAUUAUAAAUAAAACUCUAGUGUUUAAAAUUGAAUGAGCUGUUAAUUAGUGAUAGACUUGUACUUUGCAUAUAUGUAGUGCUUGGAAUUCUGGUGUGUUCAUAAAAGUUCUUGUUGCUGUUGCACUGGUCAAAAUUCACAAGAAACCACAAAUAUGUCUGACUUUAUUGAAGAUUUAGAUAAAUUUCUAGACGAAUACGGCAUGUUAGACUCGCCGUCGGGAUUCGACUCGUUCUCGGAACUUGGAGAAAUGUUGGCGAUGAAUGAACAAGCGGCACUGGGAAUUGAAAUGCCGCCACCGAUGCAGCAACACGCGGCACCAGAACUUGUAAUGCCGCCACCGAUGCAGCAACACGCGGCACCAGAACUUGUAAUGCCGCCACCGAUGCAGCAACACGCGGCACCAGAACUUGUAAUGCCGCCACCGAUGCAGCAACACGCGGCACCAGAACUUGUAAUGCCGCCACCGAUGCAGCAACACGCGGCACCAGAACUUAUAAUGCCGCCGAGGCGGCAACACGCGGCACCAGAACUUGUAAUGCCGCCGCCGAUGCAGCAACACGCGGCACCAGAACUUGUAAUGCCGCCACCGAUGCAGCAACACGCGGCACCAGAACUUGUAAUGCCGCCACCGAUGCAGCAACACGCGGCACCAGAACUUGUAAUGCCGCCACCGAUGCAGCAACACGCGGCACCAGAACUUGUAAUGCCGCCACCGAUGCAGCAACACGCGGCACCAGAACUUAUAAUGCCGCCGAGGCGGCAACACGCGGCACCAGAACUUGUAAUGCCGCCGCCGAUGCAGCAACACGCGGCACCAGAACUUGUAAUGCCGCCGCCGAUGCAGCAACACGCGGCACCAGAACUUGUAAUGCCGCCGCCGAGGCAGCAACAUGCGGCACCAGAACUUCAACCCGCACCGCGAACACCCAUCUCGCUUGGAGUUCCUAGCAAGGAACCAUUGAAACUCUUACCGUUUACGGUGAAAGUUUUAGUUCCAAAGGAAAAACCAAAACAUUAUACUUUUACGAGGAGGUUCAACCUUGCGCUCGUGAAACCGGAUCUACCUUUCGCGGUGCAAUUUAACUAUGGAAGAUUACCAGGGAAUGAGCCGAUGUGUGUGCGGGCUAUGCUUGUAUUUGCUAACCCCAUUCAAGCUGGAAAAAGAGUGGAAACUUGCAGAAGCCAUUACGACAAACUGAGGCCAGCCAGGGGUGAAGUGUUGGCCAAGAGCGUUCUGCACUCGUACCAACCCGGGCCCGGGGUGUACCAGCAGGGGGAGCCGGCCAACCCGCAGUCCUGGUUGUCAAUCGUCGUGCCCGCCACCGGUACUCAGAUCCAACACAUUUACGAGAUGAAAUGUAAGAACACCUGCUUCAGAAAUAUGACUCAUCGAGCAAUCGAAAUCAUUUUCACCCUCGAGGACAUGUGGGGGAACGCGUACGCACGGCAUGUUAUGGGCUUACAAUCAUGCUCGAGCCCCUUUCGAGACCUUAAAGAUAUGAAAAAACCCCAAAGGAACUGCAAACGUGCCCAGACUCCGAGCACUCGGAGUUCCGGACGCAAACGUCCCAGACUGCUAUCUGUCGAAUCUGAAUCCAUUGACUCAAGUACCUCAGAGGUGGAAUCCAUUGAUGUGAGCCGCAUGGAGUCUGCAGGAAACGAUAUUGUAACCAAUGAGCAAAACUUCGUGCCUCUGUUACCAGACGCCGUCGUGAACUCCUCGGCAGUCUCCCUGGCCAGUAUCCAAUGCCUGACAGACGACUUAGUUAGAGAUUACGGCUGCAGCGAUCCUCGAGUCGUGCAAAUUUGUCAGACAUACUUGAAUGCCGGGAUUCAACUUUUGAGCGGAAUCUUACCUCCUCAGAUGUUCUAGUCGAGCACAUACACUCACAAUACGGAACAGUCAUAGUACUUUGUAUUUUUCAAUACAUUUUGUAGACCGUGUUGCAAACUAAUAAAGAUUAUUUUUACUACAUAUCUUCUAAAAACGUAAAACCUUACCUUAGUAUUGUGAGAAAAAAAUGUAUACACACUGUAAGAUGUAUUGAAAAAACGUUGUUGUUUUUAAAAAGGUAUCCAAAAGAAGGUUUAGGUUAUACGAAUUGUAUUAUGAAGCUUUAAAUAUUUUAAGUAAAUACUAUUUAAAAUAACAGUGUCAGGUAUUAAAAAUACGAAUUACUUACAAAUAUUUUUUUUAGGACGAAAUUAAAAUACCAAAUAUGUAUUUUGUUACCAAAUAUUUAUUUUAAUUACAAGUAAUUCAAAUGCUACCCUACUGGGAGUAUAUUUCCCAGCGUUGACAUUGAGUCGUUAGACCGGUGAAAUCAAAAUGAGCGGUCCUCUCACUUCCCAGUGGUGCAAUAACGCCUUUGUUUUCCCAUGAAUAAGAAAAAAUUAGAAAAGAAGAGGCUAUUUAUAAUUCGAAUUUAUAAUAUAUAAAAAAUUAAUUUAACUUUUGGAUACUAUUUAAAAACAAUCGUAAUAUAUUUUUUGAAUGUUGUGCACCAUCAAUAUAUACGGUCAUUUUGACAUCGCGUUACUAAAUGAAACCACACACUUAUCUACUUGGAAAUAACACUACACAAUAAGUUACUUGAGCCGUAAAUGUAAAAUAAAAAAAUGUAAGUUUCAAACAAAAUAAACAUUAAUAGAAAGUAAUUUUAAUUAGACGAGUAAGCUCUGGAAUGAAGUCCGUGUGUCGGUGUUCCCUGAGCACUAUGACCUGUCCUUCAAUCGUGGCUUAAGGCGCCGUUCAAGUAUAACGUAAUGCAAUUUUUUAACAUUUUUGAAUUAUUCAUCAUAAAUUCAGGAUACUAAAACCAGGAUUUUUGGUGAAAAUAUUCGUUACUAAUGGAUAAUUUUUGGUACGAUGUCAGCAAAGGUGAAGACGAGUAUGUGGCUUCAUUUAGUAACGCAAUGUCAAAAUGACCCUGUAUAUUUGGUUAUUUAUAAGUUUUGAAUAUUUUUUGUACUACUAGUGCCUAAUGCCCUGUACUCACGACGUUUUAAGUCGAUCCGACGACACGUUUCAAACAAUAAAACGCAGUAAAUGGUAUUCAGUUGGGGGCUGCACGUUUUAAUAUUUCAUAAUAUGGAAAUGCACGCGCAAACGUUGUCGGCGACUAAAAACUUCCUGUGCGGACUUAAUAAUAAAUAAUAGUAGAUGUUAUAUAUUACUCACGUAAAUUAGUUGCGGAAAAUGUACAAACAUAAACACCUCGUCAGCUGAUUACAGAACAAAUGUUUGUUUUUUUUCCCUUAGUACAGUUCAGUAAGUAUUCGUAAAUAUACGUAAAUAAAAUUUGCAAAUGUAAUAUCGAAUUGGAUUAGACGGACGAAAAAACGACCUUACCGCAAUAUUUUAUCUUUUUUUAUAAAACAUUAUGUUACCAAUUAAGGGGUUAGUAAUCUAUAAAUUUAAUUUAAAUACGAAACACAGAUCUGCGAGGGAAUUAAAAAUUUGUUAACAAAUGUUUUUGCAACUAGCCUGUUCUUGCCCUUGCUAUUUCAAUACAGUGGGACAGGUGUGCCGCGGUGCUUUGGUGGCGCUGCCGGUGCAGAGUGGCGAUAGUGUCGAGUGUCGACGACCAAGCGGUCGUAGAACAUUAUCCAGCACGACGCGAGUUUGCGCUAGGUUGAAACCGGUGAAUCAUUUUUUCAAAACUAAAGAGGUGUCCAUAUGUAUCCGUCCAAUCAACUCUUAAGGCAUUAAUGCCGGCAGGCAGUGAUAAGCUUUUCGAAAACCCCUCAUUCUGAGUUCUAUGGUUUCUAUACAUUCCCCUACAGGGACAUUUUAUAAAUAAAAAUGCAUUUUCUAAUAUAUUAUUUGUUGGGCUUUUAAUAUAAGUUAGGAUUAAGUUGGAAAGUCCCCUCGCUUAGAGAGCGGGUUCUGGUUUGUAUGCCGGUGUAGGGUGUACAUAAGGUUAGGGACUCGGUCCAAUGAUCGCUCGGAUCAUGCUGUACUCCUUAACAUCAACAUUGGGCCGUAAGACCGGCGAAACCAACAUAACCGUACCGAUCGUUCCCCAAGUGAAUGUAUCGACAGCGCGUUUAACCCCGCGAAAAAAGAAAAAAAGGGUGAAGGUACAAGACUGCACCACGCCGCAGCACCAGUGGUGUUUUUACUUAUAAAACCAUACUAAAAUAAAAGUAGCGAAUCAUUAUUCUUAUUCAUUCUGAAUAAUAGUCGUGGUGUGUGCAUUUGCAGUCCAUCUCGUCAUAGAAACUGCAGCGACCGCAGGCAACAAUGCGGCUGAGCGCUCGACCGAAGCAGUUGUUUGCGGCUCGCCUCCGACGCGUACGUUUUAGCAGUAAUUACGAAUCAAUGAUCAUUCAUCCGAACUUAUUCCAACAUCAAAGUACUUACAAAUCGUUGUUAGUCACGAAGUGUUACACUACACGACACUUAUGGAGACCAGCCCAAUCGGCAACUGUAAAGUGAUUAUCUCUCCAUCAGAUCCAUUCGUGAUAUUAGUAUGAUUUAUAUCAGAUUGAAUAUGCAAUGUGGGUUGAUGGCCCGACAAACUGUAUAGUAACUAGAAAAUUUGUGAUAUGAACUUUAUCUAAUGUUACGGAUUGAACUGAUCCCAAAUGAUCACCGCUGUAACAAGUUGCUCGCUUUGUAAACGUGGGAAUAGUGUAGUUUUUUUUUUUUUUAUGUUCCCUUAAUGGUAGCACCUGAACAUAAUAAAUAAAUAACGGUACAAAAUUGAUGUUAAUGUUUGAUUCGCUACCAAUGUCCUGCAAGCACAACUUAUACACGUGAUACAUCAACGGUGAUGCAUCGUCUAUAAGGUACAAAUGACACAAUAAAUUAUCAUGACAUUUAUAUGUGAUAAGUAAAUACUUAAUUAUUAAAAUG